AUGGCUGAACGAAGCAUCCGAAGAAGGCAUUUAUCAAAGAAUCAGAAAGAUUUUUUGAAAAAAACUCUAUUUCGUCUUCUUGCGGCUCUAUCUGAGGAAGUAGAGGAAGAAAUGAAAGCCACAAAACGUACUUGGGUUAAAAAAUGGAUUAGAAGAAGAGAUGAACUCGGCACUUCUAAUCUUCUUUUAAAAGAGUUAGCUGCCGAGGAUCCAAAAGAGUACCGGGUUUUUUUAAGACUAACUCCGGAGAUGUUAAACAAUUUGCUAUGCCGAAUUUCAGAUACAAUUCAAAGGCAGAACACAAUAAUGAGAGACAAUUUAUCUGCAAAAAUUAAACUGGAAUUAACGCUGACCUUUUUAGCCAGUGGAUGCAGUUAUAGAACGCUGAGCCAUCUCUUCCGUGUGCCUAAGAGCACUAUCAGUUCUACUAUUCCAGAAGUUUUGGAUGCUAUUUGUGAAAGCUUGAAGGAAUUCAUAAGGGUCCCCUCUACUACAGAAGAAUGGGCUGCUAUUACGCAAGGUUUUUUGAACUCGUGGAAUUUCCCAAAUUGUCAUGGGGCACUUGAUGGAAAACAUGUCCUGAUACAGGCACCUCCUAAUUGUGGCUCACAAUUUUUCAACUACAAAGGAUUCCACAGUAUAAUUCUACUAGCAUUAGCUAGUUGGGAUUACACGUUUCUGUAUAUUGAUGUUGGAUGCAAUGGAAUAGUUUCCGAUGGAGGAGUAUUACAGAACAGUGCGCUCUACGAAAAAUUAGAACGAUACACUUUAUUUGGUACAGAUGGAUGCAUUAUUGGGGAUGAUGCGUUUCCCUUGAAACCAUAUUUGAUGAAGCCAUUCAAAAUUCAUCCAUUGACUACCGAGAAAAAGAUAUUCAACUACCGUCUAAGUAGAGCUAGACGAGUUGUAGAAAAUGCUUUCGGUAUGCUAGCAGAUUUAGAAUCUUCACAAGAAAAAUUGAAUGCCAGUUAUUUACAACUGACAAAAUUGUGAAAGCAUCUUGUGCUUUGCACAACUGGCUCAUCAAAACAUCUGCAUCAUCUUAUCUAUCUCGGGGGUCUUUGGGUGAAGAAAAUAUUGAAACAGGUGAGAUUAUUCCUGGUCAGUGGAGAUCAGAAAUAACCGAAUUAUUCAACAUUCAGAGUAUUUAUGGCCGAAACUGCAAAUCAUCAAAACUUGCCAAAUUGUACAGGAAUAAUCAUGCCAAAUAUUUCAGUAAUGAAGGAGCUGUGCGAUGGCAAAAUGGUAAAGUGUAAUAAAUUGUCAAAA